UCGCUGGCUAGCCAUCCCCAGGAAACUGUUGGUUGGCCGUGCUCUCGGCUGGUUGUUCGCUAGUUCGCUGGCCAUCCGUUUGUGCGUGUCCGUGUGUGUAUGUGUGUGAGUGCGCGUGUGACUUGUCAUGUUGAGGUGUCCAUUUGCCAGCAGGAAAAAGUUUACCCCUACGAGACAUUACGGCUUCCCGAUUGCGUGAAGGAACGGGUGCGCCCCCUUCUGCCGUGGGAAAACCUGUGGCAGCCAGGGCAUGCCUGGAAUCUGAAAAGGACUUUCGGGACUGCUUCGAUUACAGAACUCUGAUGGCGCGCGCGAGGUCUUGUCGGUGAGCAGCGUUCAUCGAGUAUGAAGGGUCCCUUGGUGCCGCGUUGAUGGUGCAGCGGGGCAUCUGCUCCGGUGCGGCGGUGACGUCAUGAAUGACGCCGCGGACGACGAAGGGGGCGCCGCCGUUGACGCCAUCGCCCUCUACCUGGCCCAGCUGAACCAGCGCAUCCGGCGAGGAUGCACGGCCCACGUGGACCCGACGGGGCGCAUUUACUACAUGAACCACGAGACGCGGACGUCAUCAUGGCUGCCCCCCGUGGACUCGUGGAGCUCGGCGUGUACGGGGCUGCCCUACGGCUGGGAGGCGGCCGUCGACAAGAGCGGCAGGACGUACUUCAUCAAUCACGUGAGCAAGACGACCACCUACGAGGAUCCUCGAAAGGACUACGAGGAAGAGCCGCCUCCGUCUCCUAGAGAAGUGGAGCUCUUCCGGGACCCGCAGCUUGGCUUUGGCUUUGUGGCCGGCAGUGAGAAGCCAGUCAUUGUACGCUUCGUGACGGAAGGUGGUCCUAGCGAACACAAGCUCCAGCCUGGCGACCAGAUCCUCGGCAUCAAUGGCGAAGAUGUCAAGAAUGCACCCCGGGAGCACGUGAUUGAGUUGGUUAAAUCAUGCAAGCUCUCUGUUAAGUUGGUCGUCUGUCAACCUCAUGUGAACAAUGCAACACGAAAGUCAGCCCUCCUAACUGCAGCCAAGAAAGCAAAGUUAAAGACGAAUCCAUCUAGGGUUCGCUUUGCGGAAGGUGUUGUCAUCAAUGGUUCACCUCUUUAUUGUCCAUCUACGUUCGAAUCCUGCGUUCCCUUUCUGCCCAAUGUUAUGAAAGUGUUUCUUGAAAAUGGUCAAACCAAGUCUUUCAAGUAUGACAGCUCGACUACUGUGCAGGAUGUCCUCAACUCUCUCCAAGAGAAACUCUCUGUGAAAGCUAUGGAGCAUUUCGGCCUUGUAGUGGAACACAUCAAGUCAGUUCGUCGGAACAAGCUCACUCUCCUCGAUCCAAAGGACUCUUUGGCAAAGAUUGCAGCAAGGCCUGGUGCUCACCACUUGCGGUGCUUGUUUCGAGUUGCCUUCGUGCCGCUUGAUGCUUACGACUUGCUGCAAAAGGAUCCUGUUGCCUUUGAGUACCUCUUCAUGCAGUGCUGCAAUGACAUGGUUCAGGAGAGGUUUGCUCCCGAACUCAAGUACGAUGUGGCCCUCAAGCUUGCCGCCUUGCACAUCCACCUGCACGCCCUCAGCAGUGGCAUCCAGGGCAAGGUCACCAUCAAGUCAGUCGAGCGGGAGAGUGGACUCAAGCGGUUUGUGCCUGGCUCGCUGCUGGAGACAAUGAAGCGUAAGGAGCUGCGCAAGCUGCUGAGUCACUUCCUCAAGCAGAACCAGGCAGCACUGUGUGCCCCUGGACAGAAGCAGCUCACACCCCUGCAGGCCAAACUGCACUACCUCAAGGUCAUCAGCGAGCUCUCCAGCUAUGGCGCCAAGGUGUUUGCCACAAGCACCAAGGACUCAAACACGGAGACAGGGAUAAUGAUAAGCCCAAAGUUCGGAAUCAGCCAGAUCAACAAUGCACGUGGAACCGUGCCUAUUCAACCUGUAACGUUGGCUCAAAUAGAAGAGGUGUCCUCUGUCACAGUCACAAGGGAUGAUGACCUUGUCUGCAAUAUUGAAAUCAACAUCAAAGACCCAGACAAAGAGAAUCUCAAGUUUGGACUUGAUGACCACGAGACAGCUGAGCUGGUGUUCAUCCUCAAGGGGUACCACAAGCUGUUGGCAUCACGAGACCUUCCUGUUCACUGGGAGACGGAGGAUCCUUGGAAAGUCGAGACAGCUCCCUGUUUCCAUGGAGCUCACAUUGUGUGCCCAACACCCUGGAGCUAUGCACCUUCGGAGGAGACUCCAAAUGGCCCAGUGGUGAAGACCGUGGACCUUGCCCUGCCACCCCCAGCUUAUGUUCCCUGUGAGCUUCCUGACCGCGGCAUGUCGCGAAGCAGCUCGCGGGAGCAGUGCUCUCUGGUGGCCCUGUCCAACUCGGUGGACCACAACAUGAAUGAGACAAGUCCUUUGCAGCCGCUCAGCCCAAGCCGGGUUCUUCGCUCACCUGUUCUCGGUGCCAGCAAGAUGGAACAACGUUCCCUGCUGCUCACAUCCAAUGGCCACCAGCAAGCAUCGGACUCUGCGUCUUCCACAGCAGACGAUGACUCGGAGGAACGAUCAGUCAAGUUUGACAUCAUGGACGAUGACGAUGAAGAGGAGGAGGAAGAGCCUGUUGUACUUGAAGUAAAGAAUGAGGAGGUGCUGCGUCGGGUGUCAGAGAUGCGGCGUAUGGUAGCAGAUGCUGAGAGCUAUCUGUCUGACAGCAACCGGCCAGCAAAUCGGCCACCACUUCCAGCCAAUGAGUCAACCAGCAGUGACGAGCGUGAGACGGCCGGCCCCACAAUCCGUGCAGCCGACUCCCUGUUGCUGCUCACGCAGCUGGAUGACGUGUCAGAAGCGCUUAACGAAGUUGCAGCCAUGGCUCCAGAUGAAGCAGCGAGUGAGUCAGACACUGACAGCUUCAGCACACCAACGCAGAGCCCUCUCCACCGGACCUCGAGACUUACUGCAGCAACUGAGCCGUCUGCUCCAAACAAGCGUGGACGCAGUGGCUCCAGUUUCGGCCUUCACAGUCCAGACAUGUUGCCAGGAAUAGGAUCUGGAGACCGUGACCUCCUUGAGUUGCUCAAGCAGCUGCAGUCAAACCCUGACAUCCAGCUUCCGUUUGAUGAGGGAACGCUGUACUUGGACCCAGACAUUAUUGAUUUGACCAUGAUUCCGCCUCCCAUGACGCCUGAUGCAGAUGCCAUGGGGGAUGUCCCAGGCACGCUGGACGUGCCUCCAAUGCCUUUUUCAGACCGUGGUCUCCAGGGUCAUGCUGCCUUGACAAACUGCACACUGCAGGCUACCGACACUGACCAGGUCGACUCGGCACGUGUAGUGGCCGAAUUGGACGACCUCUGUGAUGUGCUAACAGAGAUGCGUGCGUCGGGCAACGAGCUGGGCUGCGACGCUAUUUUUCAGCAGCUGGGCUGCCAAGAUCUGGAGAGUUUCAUUGCGAGUGUGACCGUGCCCCCGCCCCCAACGUUAUCGGAUGACAUGCCCCCAAUGCUGCUGCCAGAUGGCGAUGAUGACAUCGCCUCGUACAUUAUUCCACCACCACCUCCGAGCUGCGAUGAAGAGCAGAACGAAGUGCUGGCCCGCUUCGAGCGUGCCUCCGAGGACAUGCGCCGCAUAAUUGGUAGUGGCAGUACAACAGCCAACAGUCCCGCCGUGGAGCCACCUGCGUUUGAGAGCCUCAAGGUGCUGUCGUACGGCAGCCUGCUAGAGCCUGCCAACCCACCAAAUCCCACAGUGAGAGAGCGGCGAGGCUCUGACGACAGCCACACAUACGAAAACUGUGAGCUUUCUAGAGGGCUGCAGGAAACACACUCGGCACCUCAGUCACUUCAGAAUGGGCUUCACGAGUACGAAGAUGUGGCCUUUGGCAAACCGCGGGUGCCACCAAGACUGCGGAGGGUGGCAGGCGGUGGCGGUAGCUUUGAUUUGGCAGCAGCUGGGACGGCACCAAAGCGAGACCGUACGGGGAGCUGCGACAACAUCCAGGUUUCUGGAAGUUCGCUAGGCCAGCGGCAAGUGGCUCGAUCACAUUCGUGGACGAAUCUCCAGGGUCCCACAAGCCCAGGUUUGAAUAGAAAAGGAACAGCAGGGAAGCCUCCACUGCCUCCGGGUCUGUCCCUUUUACAGGAUCAGCCAAAGCAGCCACUGCCAGGCAGUUUGGACCAGGCUGGCUUUGCGCGCUCUGGAUCGGCCAGCCCCCACCCUUCUUCGAGUCCACUGGCCACACGGAGAGCAGGGUCACUGCGCACUGGAUCCGUUGGCCGGGCCGGUGGCCGCCAUUUAAGCAGCAGCUCACAUGGGCGCUAUCACCAGCGCAGCAGCUCUCUCCACUCAGAAUCUAGCAGUGCUGCCUGUCUCCUGAAUGGAAUCAAUGGCUGCACCUGCUCUCCACUUGGUUCAGGCAGCCCGACGGCGGCCUGCCCCAGAUGUCAGGCUGCAGACGAUGCCGGCAGCUCAAAGCAGCCUGCAGCAGACUCUCUCUUUAAGCGCGCACAGGAGGAGGUUUGCGGAAUGGUGCUACGGCUCGAAAACGCCCUCAAGGCUGGGGACGCUCGAGGCGACGUUGCUACCUCGCCUAGCGACAGGCACGCCAGGGAGGCCCUGCUUGCCAAGUCGCGUCAGUUUGUGACUGCUUCCAAGGUGUUUGUGCGCAGUGCAAGCGAGAACUCUGAGCAAGUGACCGCGCAGCUGGCCGCGUGUAUGUCGCUACUGGAUAGCAUGUGUGCAGCUGCUGAGCAGCUGGCCCUCUCCGGCCCAGCCUGGGCGUCCCUGGUCGAACAAGUCAAAGCAGUGGCGGUGGCAUACGCACGUGCCACCGGGGCGGUCGACAGUGCCACCGUGGGUUCACUCAUGCACCAAGCAACAGACCUGGCCUCAACACUGACAGCACUCAUGCGGACUCUUCGCUCACUGGACAGCUCCUAAUGUGGCCUCCCUCUUUGUUGUUGCCCUUUCUUUCCCCUGCCUGAGGCUGCUUCCUUUCUCCGCUGUCAGCCCACUUGAAUGUCCUAGAGCCGUUUUCACAUUGGGGCGCUUU